AUGACUAACAUAAGCGGACUCCAGCUUUCAGUGGGCUUUCUCUUUGACGUUUUACUACGCGUUUUCCUGGCCGUACUAUUCGUAGAACUAGAAAAAGCAGAACCAUUUACAAGAAAAAUUCAUGAAGAUGAAUUAUGGUUAUAUAGAAAUCCAAGGACAGAGUCAUUCGUUCCAACUACAGUAUUAUGGCCUCUUGUAUUUAUGAUGCCAAUUGCUGUGAUUUGUUUUUUUUUUAUAUGGCACAAAGACAAAGUUGACCUCCAACAGGCGAUAUUGUCUGUGACGUUAGCUCUAGGUUUCAACGGUCUGAUUACAGACAUUUUAAAACUCAUAGUAGGUCGUCCCAGGCCAGACUUCUUCUGGCGGUGUUUUCCAGACGGUCAAAUGAAUGCAGGAUUUAAGUGUACCGGUGAUCCAAUUACUAUCAGAGAUGGCAAGAAGUCAUUCCCAAGCGGACAUUCCUCAUUUGCGUUCGCGAGUUUCGGUUUCAUCGCCCUGUACUUAGCCGGGAAACUACAUACAUUCAGUCUGGCUGGAAAAGGACAAUCGUGGAGACUGUGUAUGUUCUUCUUACCGAUCUGCGUUGCUCUCACUAUCGCGUUAAGCAGAACGUGCGAUUAUCAUCAUCAUUGGCAGGAUGUGGUGGCAGGAUCGGUAAUAGGCUAUUGUUUAACGUACAUCUGCUACAGACAUUAUUAUCCUCCGUUAGACUCGUCGUAUUGCGACAGGCCAUACGUCGUACUUACUUCGCAAAUUCAAUCGGGUAACGUCAAGUCUAUCAAGAAUGAGCAAAUUAAGUGGAUCUAGUGGAAACUAUACAUGCCAUAUAUGUCAGUAUUUAAUAUUUUGUCAACAUGUUGACAAAGUUAAGGUGUUAAAUCACAUUGCGUUUCGAAAUUUAUUUAUUUUGUUAUUUUCUUAAUAUCCUCUCUUUUGAGAUCUGUAUUUUUGUGUACAUAUAUUUGAAUAAAUGUGCACAGAUAAUUGUCUACAUAUAUUCGAAUAAACGUAUCUUAUAUGUAUGACCAGA